GAUGAUUAAUAUCGUUAUUAAAUAGCCCACAAAAUCCAAAAUUGUAACCCUUGCUCGCCCACCUUACCCUGCCAAUUUUGACUCCUCAAUUUCUCAAUAAGGGUUCAAAAAUCUAUCCCAAGCUCCUUCUCCUUUGAUCGAUAAUGGAAAACAGCAACGAUAACAUCAACACCGCCUGCACCACCACCACCACCACCACCAACACCACCAACACCACCAACAGCAUUGUAUCGGUUGAGAAUUUGAAUAAUGUAGCUAAUUGGGUCAGCGCCACCGUGAUCUCCGCCUUCUUUUCUUCCCUUGAACGCUUCUCUUGCGUCAAUGUUUCCACCACAGAUCCUGAUGAUGAUGAUGAUGAUCGCCCUCUCGCUCUCCCUACUAAUCCUCACCUCCAACAUGACGACGUAGCUAAUCUCCCUGUUUGAUCAUCGGAUCGGUAUCUUCUUCAGUACCGCGUUAAGAAAAUAAAUAAAUCAAGAUUUGAUUUUUAUUGCCGGGCCUUUCUUUUGUUAGGGUUUCAUGAAAACGUAAAAUUGUGAUCAAUUAAUUAAUUACUACUGUGUUCAUUGAUUGAGUGAUCUCUUUUUCUUUGUUAAUUGAAAAUAACUUUGUAGACCUUUGUUUUAUUAUAGCCAAAUGUUGAUAAUAUUAAAAUA